UUAUAUGGCGGUGGCUGACAGGCUUCCCUUCUUCCUUGAUAUAAAUUAGGUUAAACAAUCACUAAAAGCUUCUUCGGCGAUUCAUUCCGGUCGGUGAUUGGAGCUACGGUCGAGGCCGGCCGGACAAGGUGUAGUAUUUUGUGUUUGUCGCCUCGUGUGGGUGAAAAGCGAUCGUUUAUUUUUAUGAAUUGAUAAGCAGGAAAAAAGGAAAUGAUUUUGAACCGCAGUAGGCUUAGGAGUUCGGCGAAGGCGGCAGCCACGGAGUAUUUAAGGAGACAUCAUCGGCAUGGAAUUGGAGAGAAUCUAUGCACUCCAGCUCUUGUUAACCACUUCAAAGCUCCCGUUUCUCUGAGUUAUGGAAGUGGUCAUCUGCUUAACAACUUUAGGAAUUCGAUUCAAGCUACUGUGAGAUUUUGCACGUUAACUGUCUCUAAGGAUGGUGUGUCUCAACCUCAUUCCAAGACUCCUGAAGGGGCUACAGUUGCCAAUAAAAAACCUGUUGAUUUCACCAAAUUAGACAUUAAUCUGCUUCCCACUGUCAUGAUUGUUGGUCGCCCCAGUGGGAAGUCUGCAUUGUUUAACCGCUUGAUAAGGAGGAGAGAGGCUCUUGUGUACAACACACCUGAUGAUCAUGUCACUAGAGACAUAAGGGAAGGGCUUGCUAAAUUGGGGGAUCUGCGGUUUAAAGUACUGGAUUCUGCUGGCUUGGAAACAGAAGCUUCAUCCGGUUCUAUUCUAAAUAGAACAUCUGCCAUGACCGCAAAUGUGCUUGCUAGAACUCAGUUUGCAAUUUUUCUUAUUGAUGUUAGAACUGGGCUACAUCCAUUGGAUCAGGAGGUUGGAAGGUGGUUACGCAAGCAUGCACCAGGAAUCAAUCUUAUAGUAGCCAUGAAUAAAUCUGAAUCGCUUCAUAAUGAUACAAACUCUUUUGCUGAAGCUGCUACAGAAGCCCUGAAAUUAGGAUUUGGUGAACCAAUUGCUAUAUCUGCUGAGACUGGGCUGGGAAUGACAACGCUUUAUGAAUCUCUUCCAAUGCUUGAGAGUUAUAUGAACAAAGUUUUAGAUGGCAACAGUAGCCAACACGAAAACUUCAACCAAAAUUGUGUCUGUAAGGUUGAUGAAGAAUCUAAGGUGCCACUACAAUUGGCUAUUGUUGGCCGACCAAAUGUUGGGAAGUCGACAUUACUAAAUACAUUGUUAGAAGAAGAUCGUGUUUUGGUUGGUCCUGAAGCUGGUUUGACUAGAGAUUCAGUCAGAGCACAAUUUCAAUAUCAGGGGAGAACGGUUUAUCUGGUUGAUACUGCUGGUUGGUUGCAAAGAGGCAACCGGCAUAAAGGUCCCGCUUCAUUGAGCAUCAUGCAAUCGAGAAAAAAUCUGAUGAGAGCUCAUGUAGUUGCUUUGGUUCUUGAUGCUGAAGAGGUUGUAAAAGCUUGGCGUAGCUUGACGCAUGCUGAAGUAGUUAUAGCAAGACAAGCUGUGGAAGAAGGUCGUGGUUUGGUUGUAAUUGUGAACAAGAUGGAUCUUCUAAAGGGGAAAAGAAAUUCCGCUUUAUAUAAAAAAAUCAUGGAAGCUGUUCCUCAGGAAAUUCAGAUGGUUAUACCCCAGAUAACUGGGAUACCAGUUGUGUUCAUCUCAGCAAUAGACGGAAAAGGGCGUGCUGCUGUCAUGUCUCAAGUCAUCGAUACGUACGAGAAGUGGUGUUUAAGGUUGUCCACUGCGCGUCUUAACCGUUGGUUGCUCAAGGUUACGAGCCGACAUUCUUGGAAAGACCACGGUGCCAAAACCAAGAUCAAGUACUUCACUCAAGUGAAAGCCAGGCCUCCAACUUUCGUCGCCUUCGUGAAUGGGAACACCAAGCUCUCCGAUACAUAUGUAAGGUUUCUAACAAACUUUGAAGGAGGAUUUGACAUGGGCGGAAUUCCGAUCCGGAUAAUGCAGCGUUCCGUUCCGAGAAUGGCCGGAGGGAAUAGCAGUAAGGGCAGCCAGUGUACUGGUAAAACGGUUGAACGCACCCCAUCGGACAAAAGAAGUGUCCUUGUUUAGGCAUGGCACUGCCAGUUUAUUUCUUUGGAGGAGGAAAACAGGUAGGAUGAAAUUGGAAAAAGGAUAGGUUUGUACUUUCCUUCCUUUAAUUAGAAGGAAAAUUUAUUUGUUUCUUAAAUUAAGCAGGCUUUAUUUGUAUUACAUUGUGUAAAUUUAAAUUGGCGGAUGUUUAAGUUGAAUUUUAACAUGAUGAUUGAGAUAUGAUUGUCUUUUGA